UCUAAAGUACAUUUUCUUACAAACACUCAUUUUUCCUCAACUUUUCUUCAAAGUUUUUUCUCUCAAACUCAUGAAUCUCGUACUUUGGUUGGCAUUGAUGUCAUCAUUCUUGUACCAGUCGAGGGCUUAUAAGGAGUCAUCAGAGCUCGAGUCACUACUGAGUCGCGAGUUGAUGGACUCGGCAAAAGAGGCAGAGUUCUUUGAGUGGAUGAUUGGGGUCAGAAGGAGAAUUCAUCAGUACCCAGAACUUGGAUUUGAAGAGCACAAGACGAGUCAACUCAUAAGGACCGAGCUUGACUCGCUCGGAAUUCGGUAUAAAUGGCCUGUUGCCAAAACUGGAAUUGUGGCCACUAUUGGUUCUGGGUCUAAGCCUGUUUUUGCUCUCAGAGCUGACAUGGAUGCUCUUCCUGUGCAGGAAUUAGUGGAGUGGGAGUACAAGAGCAAGGUUGAUGGAAAGAUGCACGCAUGUGGUCAUGAUUCUCACGUAGCAAUGCUACUUGGAGCAGCCAGGUUACUCCAGCCAAGAAAAGAUUCACUCCAGGGAACUGUGAAGCUAGUCUUUCAGCCUGGAGAAGAGGGUUAUGCUGGCGCUUACCACAUGUUGAAAGAUGGUGUUUUGGAUGAUAUUGGUGCCAUCUUGAGUAUACAUGUUUUGCCGUCGGUACCAUCUGGUGCCAUCGCUUCGAGGCCUGGUCCCAUACUUGCCGGUGUAGGCCUGUUCUCAGCGACUAUACAAGGCAAAGGCGGGCACGGAGCAGCCCCUCAUGAGACUAGGGACCCAAUCCUUGCAGCAGCCUUGGCAAUCCUUUCUCUGCAACAGAUCGUGUCUCGUGAGACAGAUCCACUCGAAGCCAGUGUGGUAACAGUUGGAUAUAUAAAGGCAGGUGAAGCAGGAAAUGUGAUCCCAGAGUACCUGACACUUGGAGGAACUUACAGGAGUUUGAGCUCUGAAGGUCUCUCGUACCUCCAGAAAAGGAUCAGAGAGAUCAUAGAGCAACAAGCAUUGGUGCAUCGUUGUAGCGCCGAGGUAGACUUCAUGGAGGAGAAACCAAUGCCUCACCCGGUGAUGGUUAAUGAUGAGGGCUUGUAUGAGCAUGUGAAGAGUGUCGGGGAAGUCCUGCUUGGGGAGGAUAACGUGCAGCUUCUUCCGUUGACCAUGGGAGCAGAAGAUUUCAGUUUCUUCUCACAAAGAACUGCUGCUGCGAUUUUCGCAAUUGGGAUAAGGAAUGAAACUGUGAAAGCAGAUCAGCAUUUGCACUCGCCUUACUUUUUCAUCGACGAGGGGGCUCUUUCAGUGGGAGCAGCACUUAAUGCUGCAGCUGCAAUCUCGUACUUGGAUAAACAUGUUUCUGAGACUGAAAUGUAGAAACACAAGUCUCUCACUUCAGGAAGUUAAAGACUUUUGUAUAAGAGAAGAUUAUAUAAAUAAACAUAAUAAUCAGCAGCACUAAGUU